AUGCAACUAUUCAAGAAACGCGCACACCUAGAGAAAUAUUGUCUGCGUAAAUUGUUUGGGGAUGAAGUCAAGGACGUCCGCGUUGUCGCCACUUCAUCACCUAAAGAGUCCAAGGCCUACCGCGACGUAAAAAUCAACGGUAUGAAUAUCAAUAUGCGACUAGACUGUGGACCCAAAGUCACUCUUAUCGAUCGCGGCACAUGGAUCAAGCUUGGCCGACCGUAA